AUGCCCCAUCGCGAUUUGGUAUCUUGGAACACCCUGAUCGCGGGACUGGCGGAGUCUGGACUUGCGGCCACGGCGAAAGAGCUGCUGGAUUCAUCCCCGGAGCACGACUGCCUCACGCACAACCCCAUGAUCCAGGCAUUUGCCCUCUCUGGGCAAAUCCAAGAGGCCCGUGAGCUCUUCGAGGGAUUGCUGGAGCGCAAUGACGUCUCCUGGAACUCCAUGAUCGCGGCCUACACCGCGAAUGGUCUUGCCGAUGAAGCGAGGAUGAUCUUCGAGAGAAUGCCGCUGUGGGACAUCGUUUCUUGGACCGCCAUGGUCACCGCCGCUGCUCAAGCCGGGGAGAUCGACGAAGCCAGGAAGAUCUUCGACGCUAUGCCGCAGAGAAAUAUCAUCUCCUGGAACGCGAUGAUCCAAGCCUAUGCUCAAGGCGGCCGGGCAAAGGAAGCGCGAUCGAUAUUCACUGCCAUGGAGGAGGAGCAACCGCGAUCGCGGUCCAUCCUGGCCUGGAAUUCGCUGCUUCUGGCCUACUCCCUCGGUAAUCUGGAUCAAGCCUCCUCGAUCUUCCACCGGAUGAGCGCCUGGAACAUGACAUCGCUCAACACGAUGCUGGCAAUCUUCGCUCAAAACGGACACAUCCAAGAAGCGCGAGAGAUGUUCUUGGAUCUGCCAGAGAAGGACGUAAUAUCCGGCAACACGAUGAUCAACGCGUGCCUGGAGCAGCGAAAUCCCCAAGAAGCGAGAGAGAUCUUCGAAAGAAUGGAGCGGCGCGACGUGAUCACCUGGACCGCAGUGAUCGCGAGCUACGCCUCCGGCGGCAGCGUCGGCCAAGCCAAGGCCCUGUUCGAUUCAAUCCCUGGCCGCAACGCCGUGACCUGCAGCGUGAUGAUCCAGGCGCACGCCGAGCAAGGACAGCUAGAUCGAGCAGCGCAAAUCUUCUCCACAGUCCCGGAUCCGACCACUCUCUCCUGGAACGCGAUCAUCCACGCCUACGCGCGCAAUGCCCACAGCGAAAGAGCCCUAGAGCUCUUGGCGGGAAUGGUCCUGUACGGAAUGCGCCCAAGCUGGGUCACAUUCGUGGGCCUCUUGUACGGCUGUAGCCACGCCGGGAAGGUGCCCGAGGGGGUGUCGUGCUUUCGAUUGAUCGAGGAGCUCACAGCGGCGCCGCCAACGCUGGAUCACUUCGUGUGCGCGAUCGAUCUGUUUGGGCGAUCCAAGCGCCUGGACGAGGCGGAGGAUUUGCUUGACAAUAUGCCCUUCAAGGAGGACGUGGUAGCUUGCACGACGCUGCUGGGCGCAUGCCAAAUCCAUGGCGAUGCGGAGAGGGGGACUCGCAUCGCGCGGCGUGUGGUGGAGUUCCAGCAGGACGAGGCCUGCCCGUACGUGCUUCUCUCUAGCGCCUACAUUGCUAACAGAGGAAGAUUAUAA